AUGGAUAUUGUUGAAGCAAAGAUAAAGGAUAGGUUGUCAAGGAAUCCAAGUGGAAUAUGUUCCUUUUGUGAACAAGUUAUAAACUUAUAUACAGAGAGCAGUCAUAUACUACAAUGCUUCUUCAUUCAUUUGAAACAAAUGAAGAACAUGUCCUGCGACCUAGAGUUCACCACUCGUCUAGACAACCGCGAGGAGGGUGUCAUCUACAUUCCUCCCAAUUGCCACAAGCUUGUCAAGAGGCUAUCCAAAGCAGUUGGCCAUAAUGGCAAGCCAUCACCAUCAUCAUCUGUUCAGCCAGUGCCAGCUGCACCUGCAUCAUCGAUACAAUCAUCAAUACCAGUCCUUGUCAACAACCCAAUACCUCCUCCUCCUCCUUCUCCUCCUCCUCCACAACCACAACCACAACGGCAACCACAAAUGGUAGUUCCACCAAUCAAUGAAGUGUCUGGUCUAGCAGAAGCGCAAAUGCCUAUCAUAUCCAAGGUUGAGAACCUCAGGACGACAAAGUGCAUAGUGUCACACAUCGUCAACCAUCACAAAAAGCUCUGUGCCAGGCAAAGCUUCCACUUUGCGGACAACCUUUACAUUUGCUUCGGUGACUACGAGUACUUCCUUUGUCGCAAGACACACUUUAGAGAGGACGACACAUUCAAACAGCUACUACAACUGAAUGGCGUUGGGCCACUCGAGGAUCCAGCCUGGAAACCAUCCAAGCCAAAGAUAGGCGCUCCUGGUUGCCACAUUGAAGGAUGCAGGGUUGUCCCGACUGGAUACUUUCGGAUCAAAGGCAUUGUUCCCAAUUGGAGCACCGUUGAUCCAGACAAAGUUCCAUACCUCUACUUCUGCUCCUUCUGCCAUCUAGACCUGUACCGAAGUUUGAUCAGAUAUGGAUUCAUUUCAUACUUGAUCACUUAUCUACCGAAUGCAAAGAGGAUGGUGGCGAUAAAAAAUAACAGAUCAUCAGCUCGUAAUGAGCUUGAGGAAGAGGAUGAUGGGGCGGAGGAGGUUGAAGAAGAAGAAGAGGUGAUACGUCCACCAACAAAGAAGACCACGCCAUUCAUACUUAGGAAGAAGAUAGAGGACAAGAAACACCAAGCCAAUCAAACUACUGCCCCACCUUCUGGCAAGCCAAGGAGGUCGGCAUUCAACACUGCUGUUGCUGCCUGCACCAAGCGAAAGGCUUCUCAUAUCGAGAAUGAUUACGUAUACCCUGGUGAGGAUGGUGAUGAUGAAGAUGAAGAUGAUGUUGAUGAUGAUGGUGAUGCU